AAUAAAUUAGUUUGUGGUAUAGUAAACGAAGGUUAGCAAUUGCUUUAACGAUUCGCUGACCGGAUAACUGGUGUGAAUUCUGUCAAUUAAUACGAUAUUAGUAAAGAUAUUGUUUUAAAUUUACAUAUAUGUCACUAAAAAAUGUCUUACCAGCAUACAUCAAAAACAUCACCAAGAUCGUCAAGAUUUGGAAGAGAAAAUGAACAAAGUCAACCGAAUUCAUCUAUGUCGUCUUCACAAAAUCAUGGACAAUCGGGCGGUAGAGGCAAUGGUCAUCCGUCGUGGUUAAGAGGAAAAGAAAUAGGUUUGUACUAUAGGGAUCUUCAAAAAAACAGGGCUAAAAAAAGGGAAUUACGUAUUAUUAAAUUAAAGCAAAAAGUAGAACAAACAAUGAAACUAGCAGUUGAGAAUUCCAAAGGACUGUACAAUAAAUUAUGCAAUGAUGAAGAAAAACAAAAUAGUACAAGCAAUGAUUUAGAAAAUAAAUAUACUCACAUUCAUGAUUCGCAGUUUAAAAGAAAGUUUUUAGAAAUCUUAUCUGGCAAUAUACAACAUAAUAUUGCCAAAGCUAUGUCAGCUAAAUCCAAACUUGAAAGAGAUCCUAUUUCUGAUAAAAGUCUAUUAGACGAAUAUAAUGGGAAAUUGUAUAGCAGUGAUUAUAAAGCUAUGCAAGCUUUUAGAAAGAAAUUACCUGCUUAUGAAAAGAAAGCAGACAUUUUAGAUUUAAUAAAAAAAAAUCAAGUUGUGGUGAUCAGUGGUGAAACUGGCUGUGGUAAGACAACGCAAGUUGCACAAUUUAUUUUAGAUAGCGAAUUAGAAGAGAGAAAUGGUAGCAUUACUAGAAUCAUUUGUACACAACCAAGAAGGAUAUCAGCAAUAUCUGUUGCUGAAAGAGUAGCUGCUGAAAGAGCAGAGAGACUUGGCAAAUCUGUCGGAUUUCAAAUAAGAUUAGAAAAGAUACCACCUAGAGAACGUGGAAGUAUAUUAUUUUGCACCACCGGUAUGCUAUUGCAAUUUAUGCAAUCGGAUCCAGCGCUGAAAGGAUUUUCGCAUAUAAUAUUGGACGAAAUUCACGAACGUAGUACAGAAAGUGACUUUAUUAUUACUUUAUUGAAACAAAUAAUUCCUGUGAGACCAGAUUUGAAAGUGGUUUUAAUGAGUGCUACGCUUAAUUCCGAAAGAUUUUCCGAUUAUUAUAAUGAUUGUCCAAUAAUUCACAUACCAGGAUUCACAUAUCCAGUAGAAGAAUUUUAUUUAGAAGAUGUAUUAUUAUUAACAGGAUUUCGUUUAAUUGAAAGUACAUUUAAAGAAAAAGAACUUGGUUAUAGAAAAUAUCAAAAAAAAUAUAAGCAACAGCAUGAAAAAAAUUGUCAUUUUCUAAAUAUUAUAAAUCCAUAUAUAAAGAAACUUGUCAUAGAAAAAAAAUAUCCUAAGUUUGUUAUAGACCAAUUAUGCCAUCCAGAUAGUGAAAAUUUAUCUUUAGAACUUAUAGAAGAUUUGAUCAAUCAUAUAUGUACAACGAAGGAACCUGGAGCUAUUUUAGUAUUUUUACCUGGAAUGAUGGAUAUCGUCAAGUUAAAUAGAAUUAUGUUGAACUCUGGACGAUAUCCAAAUAGUAGAUUUAUUAUUUAUCCACUUCAUUCUCGUAUGCCAACGAUCGAUCAGAGGCUUAUAUUUAAGGAACCACCUACUGGCAUACGUAAAAUAAUAAUUGCAACGUCCAUCGCUGAAACAUCUAUAACAAUAGAAGAUGUAGUCUACGUAAUAGACUGUGGAAAAACAAAGCUUUCAAGAUUCGAUGUGAAUAAAAAUAUGGAAACGUUAGAACCCGAAUGGGUAUCUAUGGCUAAUGCUAAACAAAGACGAGGUCGUGCAGGAAGAGUGAAAAAAGGAUAUUGUUAUCAUCUCUACAGUAGAGCAAGAGAAAUGACGUUCGAUGAUUAUCCAUUACCCGAAAUGUUACGUACGCGAUUAGAAGAAGUGAUAUUACAGAUAAAAAUUUUACAAUUAGGCGAAGCAAAGCAAUUCCUUGCCAGUGUUAUGGAUCCACCUAAUUUAAAAGCUAUUGAUUUAUCGCUUGAUCUAUUGAGAACAUUAAAUGCUUUAGACAAUGACGAACAUUUGACACCUCUGGGUUAUCAUUUGGCGCAGCUUCCUCUUGAUCCUAGGACUGGUAAAAUGAUUAUAUGGGCCGCACUAUUUUCUUGCAUAGAUCCAGUAUUUGCUAUAGCAGCCAGUCUCACAUUUAAAGAUGCUUUUUAUUGUCCUUUGGGAAAAGAAGAACAAGCAAUGAAAAAAAAAUUAGAACUCAGUUUGUGGGAAUUUAGCGAUCAUAUUGCUCUCGCGGAAGCUCUUAGGAGAUUCGAAAUCAAUUAUAAUUUUGGUUUCUGUCAUGAAUAUUUUUUGUCCUUUAAUACUUUGAAGCUUCUUUCCGAAAUGAAACGUCAGUUUGCUCAACACUUGUACGAAAUGAAAUUUUUAGAUAAUGAUAAUCCAAUCGAUGAGAAUGCUAAUAGAAAUUCUAAUAAUAUAGCGUUGAUAAAAGCUAUUGUUUGUGCAGGAUUAUAUCCAAACAUUGCCACUAUAAAGUAUGGAUCUGAUUCGAAGCAUGGUGUAAUAGCUUGGACACCUGAAGAUGGUUCCGUUAAAUUACAUCCAUCCAGUGUUAAUAAUAAAAUGAAGGAUUUUCCAAGUCCUUUCUUAACGUAUUUUACAAAACAACGAUCUACUGCUAUUUAUUUGCACGACACAUCCUGCGUCACAGCUCCAAUAUUAUUAUUCGCAGGAUCAAAUAGUUCUAUUAGAAGAGAAAAUGGAAAAUACAUAAUUACAUUAAAUACUUCGCAAAAUUUCAUUUGCGAACCUAGAACUGCCAAAGUUAUACAGGAUCUUCGACAAGCAAUAAAUAAUUUAUUAGAAUAUAAAAUAUCGCAUCCUGGUACAGUAAAUUGGGAUACUCAAGAGGGACAAAUACUUAAUGCUCUUAUUGAAUUUGUAUCGCAAACUGAUGAAGAAAUGGGAUUUGGUAAAUUGACAUGGUAAGAUGAAUACGGUCAAUGUAUAAAUAUCUGAAUUGAAAUCUUUAUUCAAAGGGACAAAUUAUACAUCAUGUAUUACUGUAUGUAUUAUGUAUUUAGUAUAAGUCAUCUAUUAUUGUAAAAUGUAUACUUCAAUACAAAAUAAACAGAUUUAUGGAAUUUUACGUCACUCGACGAAAAAUCCAUAUAAAUUAUUAAUACAAUUUAUUAAUAAAAAUCUA